GUGACGUCAGGGCGGGGCGCGGGGGCCCCGAAGAUGGCGCUGGCGGCGGGAGCGGGGGGCGCGUCCGGGCCGCGCCGGCACUCGCUGCUCGUGAUCGUGGGCGGCGGCUGCAGCCGGCCCGGCCUGCUGGGCUCCGUGCUGGGCGAGCUGGAGCGAGGGAUCCGCUCCUGGGACAUCGAUGUGGCUGCCUGCAACCUCGACGAGCAGCUGAAGCUCUUUGUGUCCCGGCACUCAGCCACCUUCUCCAGCAUUGUGAAAGGGCAACGGACCCUCCACCACCGCAGCGAUGUCCUGGAGACCCUGGUGCUGCUCAACCCUUCGGACAAGUCCCUGUGUGACGAGCUGCGAAACCUGGUCACGGACGUGUCCCAGCACAAGCUGCUGGUGUUCGCGGGCCCCUGCGUGGAGGACACCGGGGAGCUGAUGCUGCAGACAGGCUGCUUCUCUCUGCAGGAUUUCAUCCAGAUCUUCGCCGAUAAAGAGGUGGGGGAGAUCCUGAGCUCGGCCGACCCGUCCGCCAAAGCCCGCCUGACCAUCAGCUGCCCGGACUUCGGGGAGUGGCAGGACUCGGGCCUGGAGCAGCACAACCUGCAGGACUUCAUCGAGCUGCGGUUCAACCCCGGCUGCGUGCUGCCCGCCAUGGAGGGCUUGCAGGAGUUUGUGGAGUACCUCUCCGAGUCGCUGGAGCCCCCGUCCCCCUUCGACCUGCUGGAGCCCCCCACCAUGGUGGGCUUCCUCAAGCUCUCCAAGCCCUGCUGCUACAUCUUCCCCGGCGGGCGAGGCGACUCGGCCUUCUUUGCCGUCAACGGCUUCAACGUGCUGGUCAACGGCGGCUCCAACCCCAAGUCGUCCUUCUGGAAGCUGGUGCGGCACCUGGACCGCGUGGACGCCAUCCUGGUGACCCACGUGGGCACCGACAGCUUGCCCGGCGUCAACAGCCUGCUGCAGCGCAAGCUGGCCGAGCUGGAAGAGGACCCGUUGCAAGGCGUGCAGGCCGGCGAGGACUGGGUGAGGAACCUCAUCUCCCCCGAGCUCGGCGUCGUCUUCCUCAACGCCUCCGAGAAGUUGAAGGAGGCUGAGGGCGACUCCCGGGUGCUGAAGAGCAGCGACGAGGCCAGCCUGGCCCUGCGGUCCCUGGAGCGGCUGGGCAUCCAGCCUCACCCGCUGUGGCGGGACGGCAGCCCCAGGGUGGAGCCCACCGUGCUGUUCCAGAAGAUGGGGGUGGGACGGCUGGACAUGUACGUGCUGAACCCCACCAAGGGCAGCAAGGAGCUGGAGUUCCUGCUGCAGCACUGGUCCGGCAGCGGCUGCACCAGGGAGCAGGAGCUGCCCCUGCAGUGCCUGGCCUCCAUCUGCGUGCUGCUGGCGUGGCACCCGGCCAGCCCCGCCGAGAAGAUCAUCCGGGUGCUGUUCCCCGGCUGCGCCCCCCAGAGCCGCAUCCUGGAGGGGCUGGAGAAGGUGAAGCACCUGGAGUUCCUCAAGCGCCCGGUGGUCACCAAGAACGACCUGAAGGCCGCGGGCCAGCCCGAGCGGCCGCUCAAGCAGAAGCGGGCCGAGAGCAAGGAGAGCCUCAAAUCGGCCUCCAGGCUGAGCCUCGUGGAGGCCGGCGCCCCCAAAGAGAGGACCCUCAAGGCCGAGAAGAAAGAGGUGAAGCCGGGGACCAAGGACAAGGCCAAGGGGCCGGGCGAGGCGGCCAAGCCCAGCCUGGAGGAGCCCAGGGCCAAGCUGGACUCGUCGACCGAGAAGCUCAAGGUGGACGCGCGGCCCAAGCCGAGCAAAGAGAAGGCGGCGCCCAAAAAGGAGCCGCCCGCCCGCGACACCCGGAAAGAAGAGAAGCGGCCCCCGAAGAAGGAGGACGGCGGCGCCGAGGCCAAGAAGGACAUGAAGGGCCCGAAGAAGGAGCUGAAAGCGGAGCCGCCACGGAAGGACGCCAAGGAGAGCAAGGUGGAGGGGAAGGCGGCGCCCAAGCUGCCCUCCCGGAAGACCCCAGGGCCGGAGACCCGCAAGCUGGCACCCAAGGCGGGCAGCCUCAGGAAGUCGACCCUCAAGAAGGAGCCGGACAAGCCCAAGGCCAAAGCGGUCAAGGAGGCCGGGGCGGAUGGUGGGAGGCCGCCUACGCCUGAGGAGCCCGGCGCCUCGGUGGGCUCCAAGUCCUCCACACCGGAGGCUGUGCCGGGGGAGGCAGGCGGUGGGGCAGCCCCCAGGGAGGAGUCGACGGAUGAGGGCAUCACCAUGGCGGAGAGCGAGCUGGAGCCGUCGCCCCUGGAGAACGGGACCCCCGGGCAUGGCGCCGGCACGCAGGCGUGUGCUGGGCCAGGCUGCAUGGAGAACGGGCUGCCGGGCGAGGAUGUGGACAGCCCCCAGCGCUUCCGGUACCUGGAGACCAGCCCGCUCAAGGGCAUCGGGCCCCCGUCGCCCCUGGCCAAGACGCCGAAGAGCGACCGCAGCGUCAACUUCGACGUGACGCCCACGGGGCUCCUCAACCACUGCCCCGACGGGGCCGAGGAGCCGUGCGGCAGCUCCGAGGAGAAGACCCUGGAGAUGAUGUCCCCAGCCAGCUCGGGCCCAGCCAGCGCGGGCCACACGCCCUUCCACCAGUCCCCCGUGGAGGACGCCCUGGGCACGGGGGAGCUGGCGCCCGGCGCGCAGGACACGAGGCAGCUCGGAGCCUGGCGAGCGGACGGCCCCGCGGCCGCGUCGCGGCCCUGCCCCGACAACAGCUCGUGCCAGGACAAGCAGACGGGCUACCUGUCCCUCAGCCCCUUCAAGGAGGAGCUGCCCGACGUGUCGCCCACCAUCACCACGCCCUCCCUGCCGGCCGAGGUGGGCUCCCCGCACUCCACCGAGGUGGACGAGUCGCUGUCGGUCUCCUUCGAGCAGGUGCUGCCGCCCGUCAGCGAGUCGCCCCAGGAGGAGCCGGCGCGAGGCCGCUCGGCGGGGCCCACGCCAGAGCCCGACCCGGUGCCAGGCAAGGGCGGGUUGUCGCUGCCGCUGCGGCCCUGCCAUCGCGCCCCGCGGGCCGAGGGCGAUGGGCACGGGCGCCGCUCGGACUCGCCCCACGACGUGGACUUGUGCCUGGUGUCGCCCUGCGAGUUUGAGCACCCCAAGUCGGAGCGGUCGGCCUCCCUCAACCUCAGCCCCCGGGACUUGUCCGACAGUGACCUCUCCCAGGAGCUGGCCAAGCCGCUGGCCCAGCGUUGUGGCCCGGCCCGCAGGCCGGGGGGCGACGAGACGCCCCCCACCUCGCUGAGCGAGUCGCUGCCCACCUUCUCCGACUCGGACGCGCCCCCGGCCGCCGAGGACUGCGCCUGCGUCCUGGCCGACGGCGGCCUGGAAUCGGAUGAAGAAGCUGUGCACCCCACCAGGGCCCGGGACCCGCUCCCGGCCCCCAUGAAGGACCCCUGCCCCCUCCCCGCCCAGCCCGGGAUCUGCAUGGUGGACCCCGAGGCCCUGCCCGUGGACCAUGCCCGCUCGGGGAAGAAGGAGCCGGCCGGCAAGCUGAAGAGGACUCCAUCCCGCCCGGGCUCAGCCCCCACGCCCCUGCGGGCCGACCCCCCCAAGCACUCCACCCUCAAGGCCAAGGCCCCCGGGGGCUCCGCGCGCGACAUCGGAGACAAGGCCCGGCCGCCCACCCUCGGCAGGGCCAACACCCUGGAGAAGGGGCUGCACGCCAGCGGGGACAUCCGAGCCCCCUUGUCCUCGAGCCGGGGUGCUGGAGUCCGGCCUCCCUCGGGCGCCGGCCGGUCGUCCCCUGCAGGCUCCAAGCCGGCCUCGCCCCCUGGCCCCCCGGUUUACGUGGACCUGGCGUACGUGCCCGGCUCAUGGAGCGCCCGGACCGUGGACGAGGAGUUCUUCCGGCGCGUGCGCUCCCUCUGCUACGUCAUCAGCGGCGACGACCACGUCAAGGAGGGCGUCAUGCGCCCCAUCCUGGAUGCCCUUCUGGCGGGCAAGCAGCAGUGGGGCAGCGACGUCCAGGUGACCCUGAUCCCCACCUUUGACUCGCUGGUGAUGCACGAGUGGUACCAGGAGACCCACGAGCGCCAGCAGGAGCUGGGCAUCACGGUGCUGGGCAGCAACAGCACCGUGGCCAUGCAGGAUGAGACCUUCCCCGCCUGCAAGGUGGAGUUCUGAGGGCGCCGGCCAGGGUUAACCCUUUCCAGCCCAGCACCGGAGGAGGGACUCGGUCGCCCACUGGCCCCCCUGCAGGGGUUGGGACCUGAUGCCCCUGCACUGGGAAAACACUCCUGAGCCUGGGGAGGGGAAGGGAGGGGGGAGGGGGAAGGAGCCCCUCCUGGACUGGAAAGGGUUACCUGGCAUGGCCAUGCCCCCCCUGCACGGUCACUCACCACCUGGUUACUGCAUGCCCACAGCCAGAGCCGCAUACAGUCCCCGCUCUGUCCCCUGCCCCAGGGGUGACGGUGGGGGGGGGCGGUAUCCUCUCUGCCCCCUGCCCAGCAGAGGGGCUGGGGCUGCCCCGGGCAUGAGCCAUACUCGAGUUACAGGGUAAUUUGUUUGUUCCUAACCUCCCUGCCCGGGAUGGGGGUCUGCAGCAAGGGGGAGGGCACAUCCCUGGCAACCGGCCCCCUCCCCUCCCCUCCCACCCAUGGGUGCCUGAAUGAGGUGAGACAAGGCAGCUGUUGCCCCUCUUCCCUCCCCCCUGCAGCCGGAUGGGCUCCAGCAUCCCCUGGGAUAGCUGGGCACACACUAGGGCUGUUUGCAGCUCCCAGGCUGCUCUUUGCCUCGGGCACAAGUGACACGAGCUUGCCAGUCCUCUCCCUGGGGCAGGCUAGGGGCUGCUGUCCCUUGGCGGGGUGGGGCAGGUGCCAGGGCUGUCUUGCCCCCAGCUGCUCCAUGUGUUGAGUUGUCUUGGGAUCUUUUUUUGUGUGUGCCUCCCACUGUUUCCCUCCUGCCUGCUGCUCUGUGGGAGAAGAGCCGCACGCGAGCCCACAGGGCCCCGGGCAGGCCAGCUGGGGCUGUGGGGGCACCCCCCUGCCCUGGCACUGCUGUGCCUGAGUCUGGGGGUACAGCCCCUGCUCGAGCCCCCUCCCCAGCCCCCCACGCCCGGUGUGGACUCGAGCCCAGGUGCUGCUGGAUGUUUUUUAAAAAACCAAAUUCCCUGGGAUGAUUUUUUUAAAGAUGAUUUUAAGCGUGAGGGCCGGGGCCCUGGCCAGGGGGGAGGAGGACGGGGCUGGGCUGCAGCCUCGGCCAACCUAAGGGGCCCGGGGCUUGCUCGUGGCCCUCCUGCCCAAAUCCAGCCUGAGGGUCCCGUUCCCCCUUGUUUGGCUCUGCUGGGCCUGGGGCACCGACACUACCAGGUCUUACAGAGGCUCUUUCUUGCCUUUUUGUAAUGCCAUUUCCCCCCUGUCUUUUAACAGGCAGUGACCCUGAGCAGCCCCCUCCCCUCAAACCCCCGGGGGCUCUUAUUUAUCUGUGCUCUCAUUGCUGCUCCAAGGCAGCAGCAGGGCUCCCUGGGCACAGCAUGGCGGGGGGCUGCACCCUGCCCCGCCCGGCGUGGGAGGGAUGGAGGAGCUGGGUCCUGGCGCUUGGACGCCUUCCCCCACCCGAUUUGUCUUGUGCUGCGUGUUCGGGACGUGUCUGUCGGGGACUGAAUGUUUCACCUUUAGUGCUUUAUAUAUUCUUCUUAGCUGGAAACUGGUUUAGGGUGGGCAUGAGGGGCAGGGGGAGCCCCCCAUCCUCUUCCCACGCCUCUGCCGGGAGGCCGAGGCUGCUCGACAGUUAGACACCCCCACGCCCCUCACCAUGUUGCACACGACGUUUCGGUUUGGCAAGUGUAUUGGAACAAGCAUUAAAGAGAUACUAGCUCUG